CUGGCAACUCAUUACGUCAUGACGUAAGCGCAAAACGAAAGAGGGAAAUCCAAAACUUUAGACACUCGUGUGUUUUUGCUGUGGCGCCUCAAAUUUGGCCACUGUUUGACAAAUGCACGACUGUGGAGAUAUAUUUAGCGUUAACGUCGUGUGAGGUGAAUAUAGUUUCCUAAGUGUAUUUUAAAAAAUGCAGAGAAUCUCUCGUUUAAAGCGGGAACUUCAGAUGCUGAGCACUGAGCCUCCUCCAGGGAUCACUUGCUGGCAAACUGAGGACAAUGUGAACGAGCUCCGAGCACAAAUAGUUGGUGGGUCCGGGACACCAUAUGAAAGCGGAAUCUUUUCACUGGAAAUCAAAAUCCCAGAGAGGUAUCCAUUUGAACCUCCAAAUAUACGCUUCAUAACUCCCAUCUAUCAUCCAAAUAUUGACAACUGUGGACGGAUUUGUCUUGAUGCUCUCAAACUUCCUCCUAAGGGGGCUUGGAAACCAUCCCUAAAUAUCUCUACAGUUCUCACCUCCAUUCAGUUGCUUAUGGCUGAACCAAACCCCGAUGACCCUUUGAUGGCUGAUAUCUCCUCUGAGUUCAAAUACAACAAACAACUGUUCUCUGAGAAAGCCAAGAAAUGGACACUUGAGCAUGCAGUUCGUAAAAGCAAGAGUUCCUUGGAAAACAAAGACAAGGCUGAAGAUCAGAAAACUCAUCGCAAGAGAGAGGCUUUCAGUGCACAUGAUACAGAGGAGGCUACAAAGAAAACUCGCUUAUAGACGCACAUUUCUGAUUCAGCAAUAGAUCUGAGGUUCAUUUCUUAAGUAUAUUUUUUGUUUAGUGCCCAUAUUUAAUGAUUAUCUUGCAGCAUUAAAAUAACUUAUUUAUAUCUGUUUUGAGUAAUAAAAGUAUAUCCACAAUUGGCUUUUGAAUGUGUGGUGUAAAUUGUCUGGCAAAGAAAACAGUAUACACAAUAUCAUGUAUAAUUUUUAUUUUUUAUUUUUUAAUUUUAUUCAACCAUAGGCUUACCAGUUUGUAUACAAAGUAUGUACAUCCUAAUAGCAAGAUAUGCUUUUGUACAAACUAUGAAAUAUAUAUUUCUCAAUAUAUAAAAAAAAUUAUAUUUGCUGUUUAUAAAGAGGGCAUAAGGCUGUGACUCAAUAAUGUGCUAUUUCAGAGGUAGAUGCAUUGUACAAUUGUCUAUGCAAUGUUCAUAAAGAAAAGCUAUUUCCGGGUCUGUUUAGGCAUCUGGUGACUACUUUGCUCUUGUUGGCCACGUAAUUGUGAGACAAAUGUAAACCAUAUAAAUCAUUAUGUGCAAUGCCUUUUCAGUUGCAACUGUACACAGAAAUGUAGAAACAUAGCUUGCAGGUUGUUUAUGAUAAAUGUUAGCUUUCCCUGGUAUAAAAAUUACCUGUUUGAUCCCUUUUAUUCAGCCAAUAUCACUGUUUUAAACAAAUAAUAAAAAAUAAAUUUACUU